UAACCAACGGCCACGUCUGGCCGGCUCCCACAUUCCGUCAUAGCCUCCGUCUGCAGCAUCCUUCUCUCACCCUCCAAUGCGUUUCCAUGGCAACGGCGGGCCCCGGCUCGCGCGGCCGGCGCCAGGGUCGCGAGGAUGAGUGCGGAUUACUGCUGCGGGAUUCGGAAGGACCCCCUGAGGCAGCUCAAGGAUCUUGCGCAGCUCAAGGAUCAGCUCGAGGACAUCCAGAAGCGCGUGGAGGACGAAGUGCAGGCGGGGAUCCCUCAGGGUGGCUCCUUGUUGGCCUCUCCCUUCCUGAAGGGCUUCCUGGCCGGGUACGUGGUGGCCAAACUCCGGUCCUCGGCCGUCCUGGGCGUGGCCCUGGGCACCUGCACGGGCAUAUACGCCGCCCAAAACUACCAGGUGCCCAACAUCGAGAAGACCGUGAGAGACUACUUCAACUCCCUCAGAAAGGGGCCCAACUAAUUCGGGUGGGGGGGCGAGGCCACCCCCUUUAAUUUGGGCAGGGGGUGAGCCAGGUACCCUGUUUUCUUUCCCUCACAUCAAGAGCCUGAAACUGGAAGAUGUCAUCUCUGUCUUCUCCUUUUUAAUUCAGAAAAUUAAUUAUUUAAACGAAGGAGCCCUUGUUGAGUCUUGUGUCAAAGUGCAAAAAAGAGAGAAAGUUUUAUGGGGAGAAGCUAAGAAACUGAGUAACGCUGAUAUGGGUCCAUGUUUCUGUAUAAAAUCCACCGGUGAGCAAGCGUGAAAUUGUCAGCGGCAGAAAUUUUGGGUUCACAGUUUGUUUGCGCAAUGCUCACGUGUAACUGGAAAAGAGGCUUUUAUCCUUUAUUAAUUGUAUUAGUAUUUUGCGAGAGUGGAAUCAGGGUUCGUUUAAUUGCCUUAAGGAACUGGACGGCAUGGCUGCUAUCGUUGUUCUGAGCUGCCAAUCCGCCAUUUCAGCAUCUGUCCGUGCGUUUCCCUCUGCUGUUUAAGUGUAAACAUUUACCCAAAGAAAACAGAGCUCGAUAAAUACGUUUUUUUGCAGGAUAAUGGCUGCUGCUUGAAAACUGAGCUUGUCCUCUCCUUGAUUAUGGCUUAUUUUAUCAAGGAUAUGAUAAGCCAUUUUGAAAAGAAAAUCUAAUUUUAAAAUAUUAAAUGCGCUAUUUAUAUACUCAUUUCUGCAUUUUAAACAUAUGCCAUAUUAUUAUGUGUAUUUUUUAAAAAUACGUGUAGCAGUGCUUCAAAAUGCUAAGACAGGCCAUGUUAUAAGAAAGUAUUUACAAUUUUAGUAGUAGUAAAUGUACUUAAUUACUACAACAGUUACAGUAAUUAUUUUCUGUGCUUCUGCAUGGUGCUUCCACAAGAGUGGAUUGAAAGAGCUGCUGUUAGAAUGAUGAUUUAGACAUCUCAGGUGAUGCGGUGUUGCACUAGUUAAGGACGCCCCCUCACCGCUGCCACCCCCCCCCCACCCCUCCCCAC